CAUUAUGGAAUAAUUUGCUCUCUCGUCGACUCUUCUCUAUAAAUACUGCAUAAGAGGCUAUAGCUGUGAGUGCCUCGAGAGUGAAGCUCUGAAGCACUGGAUACGAAGGAUUCACUUGAUAGUCAGUUCUUCUGCUCUGAUCUGAUACAUAUUAGCAAAGAUGGGUCAUUUCAUGGUGAUAUUGUUCUUGUUCAUUGCAUCAACACUUGCCAAAGAAAUCACGCUCACUGUGCAACCAAACAGUGAUCACCUUGUAAACGCUCAGAUGUACUUGUCUCCUAAUGAUAACAGGAUAUACAUUACAAAUAAGACAUUUAUUGAUACCAAUUGGACUCCAUUGAAGGGAGAAAUCCAAAAGGAUGGAACACUGAAGCUCAACCAAACAUCAAGUAUAGCAAUAGGUAAAAACUACUUAUAUCCUUCUGCCAACUCGUCAGAUUUUGCAAGCCCCUUCUCAAUAAGAGACGGUAUCCUCUUACUUUAUGGUCAUAACUUUCAUACUGUUCCAAGUGGUUUUGAUGAUGUAUAUGUUAUUGGAUCAAUCAACGCAGCUGCUGGAAGGCCAGAUAUGGUGGAAUUCGAAGUUGGAGUCGAUGAACUGAUUUACUAUGACCCGCCUGAGUAUGAAGGUACAAUGCGGUUGAUCUCUGUAAAUACUGUUCCAUUCAUGCAUCACCAUCAUUCGAAACAUGGUCGAACUGCACCUGUAUGGAAUGCUGCUAUGGCCCUGUUUGCCUUUUUGAACUACUUUUGAGCAAAUUUUACCAUGAUCCAAUGAUGAGAGAAAUAUCAACUCACAGAUUGGAGGAACUCAACAAUUUAAAAUUGCUCAAUUAAUUUGCUCUACCGGAGAAUUCAAGAGGUACACUGUCUUAUAAUACCCUAUGCC